GCUUUGUUGCUCCGAAACCGUCCAAAGGGGGACGACAGUGAAGGCGGGUGGUUGGUCAUAGUCACGGGAACGUUAGCUAUUAUUAUCAGCCAUCGACAGCAGCCGUGUCGAAGAUCAGUGUGGAGAUAAAUCUUGGAUCAAAACGUCGCGCGGCGUGUCACGACGAGAGGAACCCAACAACGAAUACUCGAAUUUGUGUGUCUCUCUCUUUCUCUUACUCGCUUACUAUUGAUCUUUGUUCUGUGAUCAAUUGCGGAUGGUUGAGAGUGAGAAAGAGAAAAAUCGCGAGAGUGAGUGGGAGCGAAAGUAUGUGGUGCCGAGGAGCACAAGGUCUGGCCUGAUGAGGCCCACACAUAUCCUAGAGUUUAGUCGCGAGAGUGUAAUUUUACUCGUCGGACGUGCAUCAAGUGCUCAGUGAAUACAGUAAAUCCUCGUCUGCCUCUUUUUUUUAAAUAACAGUGAUAUGGUGUAUUUGAUGAAAAUUAAAAAGGCAACUUCUACUAACCAAGCGUAGCUGACGAGUGAAAUUUCCGGCAUAUACGACGAGUGCUGAAGUGAAAAAAAUAUUUCGCCUUGAGGAAAAAUACCGUUUAGUAGUGUGUGCGAUUUUCCCCCUCGUCAGAUGAAAAAUGCGGUUCUAAAAAUAAAAAUCUCAAGAAAGUGGCGGCUCCUCGUGUGCACAUGCUGCAACGCUAGUUCAGUUCCGACAUAGUGCGGAAAAAGUGGAUGAUCAUCAUCAUCAACACGAGGAAGAAGUUUGAAUGAAAAGUGAAAAAUAAUCGUGUGCACUACAGUUCGAGGGAAAACGGGGAAGGAAACAAGAAAGAAGAACCUCUUGUUGUUUAUCGGCACGAUUUUCAUCCCAUCUCGAGUGAUAAAACCGAACGCUUCCUAGAUGAAUGAAGCUUUCAAUUUUUACUAUCAGAACUUGUUUGCGAUAAGUGAGUUCGAAUCACCACCCUCUGUUGCUUCCAAACACUACACUAAGGUGAUAUGUUAGCCCUCCCCAACCAACAUACCGAAUUCCGAAGCCAAACAGGACAGUGAAGAAAAAUCCGAAACGUGCUCAAAAAAGUGACCAUCGCAAGAGAUUGGUCCCAAAAUAACAUCCCUAAAUCAAUGUCGAAACAAAUGAAUAUAAAGUAAACAAACCAAACAAAGUUUAGAUACCAUCCCCCAAACAAAACAAAAGAGAAAUCGCUGCUAGUGUGAAUCCGGUUUGAAAAUUUAACAAAAGAAAAAAUAGAAAACACAAAAAUUGAAAACAAAGAAAAUCAUCUGCACGAGAGUAGUUAAAAUGAGUUAAUCAAAACAAAACGAAAGCAAAGAAGGUGAAAACCGAAAGAGAAGAAAAAGAGAGCAUUCUCUCAGUUCGUCAUCUCUUGGGUGCGCGCGUGUUCGUUGUCGCAACACAGUAGCCUUCAUCUGCGAGAAAAUGCGAUAAGACACACCUCUGUGCCAGAAAGAGAGAAAGACGAUUGUGUGUGUUCCCGUGUCCUACGCCCCGUGGAUGUGGAUAACAAUGUGUAAGAAAAGUAUUGUAAUCAUGUAAUCUGUAAGCUAGCCGACGAGUAAACUCGGCGGAAAAAGAAGCAAAGAAGAAUAGUUCGAUGUGUCUGCUAUACUCUCGCUCAUCAUCAUUGUUUGUUGUGAAUAAUGUGAACAAGGAAUCACGAAACCCAUAGUUUACACACGUCAAUACAUGCUCAUUGCCGGAGGGAAGGUCAUGUUUUAAUAAUAUUUCUCUCUCGUUUCUUCCCGCUUGAAAAAAAUUGAUCGCAAAAAAUAAAUUAUGAUUGUGUGCAUUGUGAACAUCGAACAUCAAUGAAACAAAACAAACGAAAAUUUGUGUGCGACUGAAAAAAAACAAUAAUAAACACGUAAAAUAUUGCUACGCCGCGAAACGGAACCAUAUUCGAACAUGGCGACCACAGCGAAGCAGUCCUCCGCUUCUUCGCCUUCGUCGAACGUGCACAGUUUCGUCGAGGGUCAGCCGAAUCAUCACCAACAGCAGGAGGACCUUGACGCGAUCGCGAAGCAGAUUUCCGAUCACGCCGAAGCGAUCUAUCAGACAUGGAAAGCCCGUGGCCUAGCGCCAACUGAGAUUCUCAACUGUCAGCUACCGACGGUGGACGGCGAAAAUGCUUUUAGCAGAACCUUGAGCCCUACCGGCACUACCUCUUCCGCAUCGCCAACGUCCUCGGCGGGAACUGUACUGACUUCCGCUGCCUCUGCCAAUCAACAGAAGACCGCUUCCGGUGUAGCCGAGCUUCUAGCGCAGGCUCCCGAGCUAUCCAACAACAGCCUCGAACAGCUGGUCAGUUCGUUCGUGAACGAGGAUAAGGCCCGAAUUGCGGCGCAAAAGCAGCGAGCCGCCGGACGAACACCUGCCGCCUCUGGAUCAACCAUCAAGAGUGUGCUGCAAAAGUUUGAACAAAACGGUGCUCAGAAUCCGAACACAUCGCCCAUCAACAAGCCAAACUAUAUCCGGCCUGCUGAUGGCGGUGUGAGUAAAGUGAUCAGUAACAAUAAUAACAAUAUCAGUACUUUGAACAAAAACAACGUACCGGAUGUGCUGAAAGAUACGAUCGUCGAGAAACGGGAGAAGCCUCAGACGCCGGUAAAACCGGACCACCUGCUAAACCAUGUUCCUAGCUGGCCGUUGAAGAAUCGUGUAGCAGUGAAAACCCCCGGCCAGCACAAUAGUUCCGAUAAAGCCACCAACAACCAUCAGCACAGUUCGUCAAUUCCCGGCAGUGGAUCCGGCAGUAACAGUGGCCUUACUAGCAUCUCUAAAAACACCGCUGAGCUUAUGGAUGAGGUCUCCCGCGAGGAGGAACGUCUCAUAAACGCGCUCAAAACGGGCACCGUUCUGAACAACAGUGACAGUUUACUUCCGGAGGUGAUCACCUCCACCCUCACCGAUCGUGAUAUACCCGAUUACGGGUACAGCAGUAACGCCGCAGACAUGGUAACUUCAUCAACACUGGUGGCCACCACCAAUGGCACGAGCGACGUGAACGGCAUAAGCGCAGGCGCCGGUGCCGACGCGCAAAACAACACCGGCGCCGCCGGUGUCAAACACUGGAAUGGCGUCCCGAUGAAGCCAAACCACAUACCAAUACUGAACAUUCACCAAAUCCACGAGCAGCACAAGCUGUCGACGAACUUCACCCGCAACGUUGCCACCACAAGACUGCCGAAAGACUUUGGCCGACUGGGGCUGCCGGAGGAGAAGAAGGACUUCCAGGCGAAGACCAUUCCCAGCCCGAUCAGACCGUUCCUAUCGCGGGGCUCGGUCGCCGAGCGGGUGCUGAUCUUCGAGAAAUGCCCCGAAAAGGCACCACCCCGGGAGCGACCGAAGGAACCCGUCAAGGUUCAGUCCAAACCUGUCAACAGACUGAUUCCGCCAAACAUUCAUACGACGCUACAGCGACACUUGAAGAACUCAACGAAAGCUCCCUACAUACCGCAAUUCCACUUCCCCAAUGGCAAGCCUCCGGCAGCGAUCACGACGGAAACGACAAUGCAACGGCUGGAGCAAGUAUUCGACAGUCUUCCGAACUAUGAAUGCAGUAGGGACAAGUUCCACAAGAUCGUCACCAUGUGCCAGGUGCCUCUGUACUGGCGGGUACCACUCUUCAUGUGCACCCCCCUGACUGCGAACGGCUGUGUGUGCGGAGACAAAUUUAUAACCUUUUGGCGACAAAUGACCUCUUUCUGUCACGAUGCACCGUCCCGUUUCGUGUACAUUAUGUCCCGGGGUGAUCGUACCCGACCCUAUAUUCUUCCGGAGGAUUUCGCUCCGCUGAUACAGGACGUCGUGGAUACCCAUCCGGGACUGGCGUUCCUCAAAGAAGCCGCCGAGUUCCACUCCCGCUAUGUGCACACCGUAAUAGCACGGAUCUAUUACAAUGUGAACCGCAGUUGGACGGGAAAAAUCACCACGCCAGAACUGAGGAAAUCAAAUCUGCUGGAUGUGAUGCAGCUGCUGGAGGAAGAGGAGGACAUCAAUCAGAUUAUGGCGUAUUUCAGCUACGAGCACUUCUACGUCAUAUACUGCAAGUUCUGGGAGCUGGACCGGGAUCAUGAUCUGUUCAUAGAUCAGCAGGAUUUGGCCAGACAUAACGAUCACGCACUCUCAUCACGCAUGAUAGAGCGCAUCUUCUCUGGGUGUGUGACACGUGGACCGCGACGAGGCAACCACAGUCCGAUUGUGAUGGGCCCCAAUGGACCAAAGAUGUCCUACACGGACUUUGUGUGGUUCCUGCUGGCAGAGGAAGACAAAACACACCCAACCGCGAUCGAGUACUGGUUCCGCUGUAUGGACGUGGAUGGCGAUGGAAUGCUGUCAAUGUACGAGCUGGAGUAUUUCUAUGAGGAGCAACAGCACCGCAUGGAAUUGCUCGGAAUCGAGACGCUACCGUUCGAAGACUGUUUGUGCCAGAUGCUGGAUAUGAUUAAACCAACCACGCCCGGAUGCAUCACGCUUGCCGAUCUGAAACGAUGCAAGAUGACGCCCAUCUUCUUCGAUACGUUCUUCAACCUCGAGAAGUACAUGGAGCACGAACAGCGGGAUCCAUUUGCACAGCGUGAUAAUGAUGAUCUCUCGGAUUGGGAUCGCUAUGCCGCCCAGGAGUACGAACUGCUGGUAGCCGAAGAGGGUGGAGACACUCAAGGAUUCGGCUGUCUAGAGGCAGCAGAUGAUUAUGAUCUCGGCAUCAUCUCGAGUCGACGUCCUCUGCCAAGUCAUGCAGGUAUCGGCGCCGGUAGCUCUUCAAUUGGCCGGACCAUCAGUACCGUGUCCAUUUCCUCCACCAUAAGCACGCACCAGCACUCGAGCAGGAUGAUGGACAGCAGUGUCGCAGCUUCCGAUUCCGCUUCAUCCUUCUCUUCCGGUACUGUUGAUGCUGCUGAUACUGCCUCUACUACCACUUUGGCUCCAUCACAAGGCAGAAAAGCGAUUGAUAAUGACAUUAGUACAUUUUAUAACGCAUUUUGUGUGUCAUAUGACGAGGACGAUGAUUACGAGUCAAACAUUGACAUUUUAGAGUCACAGUUAGAUGAUUGCUUGCUGAACGAGUGGUGAGACGAGGGGACCGGCGGACCGCGUGGCCGCCGAAAGGUGCCGAGAGGGGUCGGCGAAUUACCAGCCGGCGGCGCCGCCCUCCAGGAUGAGGAACUCGAACGUAUUGAACAGGAAAUCCUGGACGAGCUGAACCAGUUCUAACAAGGAACGCCAGGAAAGCAGAUUUGUGACGCGUUUGUUUUUGUUUUAUUUCAUGUGCGUGUGUUAUUAUUGUACAGCCGGUUAGGAGAGGAUUCCCACACACUCAGUCACUCACUUCCAGCAUCACUCGGCGGCUGGUCACAGGACUGUUUUUUUUUCUGGGGAUUUCAGGUCUUUUUGGGGGUGCGCGUGUGAGGGGGUGAAUGCGAUUUUGGAUCGGAUGUAUUUAGAAAUGUAGCGCGUGUAAUCAUCGUCGUCCUCAUCAUCUCUAUCAUCAUCAUUAUCAUCUAUAUCAUCGUCGUCGUCAUCAUCAUCAAUCAACGUUUGCACUGCUAGAUGGAGAAUAAUCCCGAAUCAGAACAAUAGAUUUUUGUAGUAGCGAAACUAAUUUGUAACAAUGAGUAGAACAAGCGAUCUACGCAACAGGAAACAGUACACAACACAAACAAACAAACAAAGGAAUUCUUGGUGUCAUACGUGGAUUUGAACGUGUUCAGUGCAAACACGAAAAAAAAACACAAAAUGUUGAUCAUUUUAGUUCCAUUGGUUAGUCGAAAAUAUUUGUCAACCCUACAACAGAGGUUUCUUUUUUUCUAUUUUAGCAAACUGUUUUGUUAUAGAGUAAAGGAGAGUAAAAAAGUAACGAACAAAUUAGUUUUACGGUUUUUGUUUUACAAAUUCUAAGCGAUAUAUCAGUUACCACCAAUUAUGAUAAAAAUUCUCCCUGCAUAGCGACAUAUUUGAAAAUAUGGAUUGAUCGCACGGUAACGAUGGACUCUGCUAAAGGAAUUCACGAGUCGUGCGCGGGUGCGGGAUUGUAACCGCCGUAACGUAACGAUAAGUUCAAACGGAAUUAUAAAAUAUUUGUUGUUUACGCUGUACCAUCAAUAUUAUCAUCAUCAUCAUCGUCAUUGUGCUAUUACUACUAUUACUAUACUGCUACUACAUACUCAUCGAUGGAUACAAUUAAUCAUACACAUGAACAAAAUCAGUAAACCGAAAUGAGACUUGUAGGUAGAUAGGGAACAUAGGAUGAGAGUGGAGGAUGAGAUAAAACAUACUUAUGAUAGCGUGAAUUUGGUUGAAGGAAAUGAGGUUUUUGAAACCGCGCGUACGAAUUUAUCGGCAGCCGGCAUGCGGAACCGAAUGUGUAUGCCAAUUUGUGGAAUUUGAUAUAAUAUGUCCUUUGCAAACCGUAAAAUGUUCCCUCUUUCGAUUAGUAUCGAUAGAUGAGUGGGUUUUCGGAGGUGGUAGGAUAAAACUGCUGGAUUUUAAAAAGAACAAAUGCUGAUACUUUGGUUUAUAUAGUUUUUAAAGGGUUGCUUUGAGAUGUUGUUCUUGGCGCAGAAUUCAGAUACUUAACAUCGCUUCUCACUUGUGUGAUGCGUGCCUCAUUUUUUACACAUACAUCAAAUUCUAGCGUCCGUUUUGACUUCGCUCGUUCUAAAGCAUAAAAACAACAGCGCGCCUCCAUACCAAACGUAUACGCUUGUGUGAAGAAAAAUAAAUCGACAGAGAAAAUAAAUCGGAUUCAAGGGCGGUGUAAAACAGGCAUAGAAAAACGGUUCUGACAACAAAUCAUUCGCCAGAGCGUAUGUGUAUACAAGAAGUGAGAGCUCAACUGAGUACAAAAAAAAACUGUUGCACAUCAGCACCGCGUUGCAUUCUGAAGACUGAAAAACGUUGGAUUCCAAAUUUUACAAAGGCUAUACAAAGAAUGAAUCCCAUUCAUGCAUGAAUUUGAAACCGAGCAGCGAGAUUAGAAUAGUAAAUGGAAGUAUUUUCACCGAAAGGCUGUAACUUCGAUCAAAAUUAUCGUGUGGGUAAUCAGAAAUAAGAUCAUCAAGAUUUUUUGCGAUAAACAUUUUAUUCGUUUAAAACGCUAAUCAAUAACAUGAAGUGUAUAUAUUUGCAUAGUCAGUAGAUUUCAAAGUAACCGUUUUUUACAGUGAUACUCAGCUUCAAAAGGGCAACGAAAUUUUCGGCAAUGAGCCCCACUGUCCUCGAGCGACAGUCUGUCUCACACCAGUUAUAGAGAUUGUUUCAGCUCCUCGAAACUUAUGUGGUCCUAGCCCCAGAAAUUGACGAAUGAGACAGAAUCUGUAGAAUGGUCUCUGCAUUACUUUUGAGUCAUUUGAUUGACGUUCUUUGAAAGUGUCAAACUUGCGCUGUCGAAAUGCUUUUAAGAGCCUAUUUGGUUUUCAUACCUCACUUCGCGAAAACAGAAGGGGAAGUCACUGGCACAAAUACUGCCCCAAACAAUGAUCGAUUAUGGAUUCUUAUUGGUUUGUACCUAUUCGUAAGGAACUUACAUCUCAUGAGCGGGUUUACUCUUUGAAAUCCUUAUAUUUUGGGUAAUUCGCUUCUGACCGGGAUGAUCGAUCGAGUUUACGUUGUUUCUUAUUCGGAUUCGGAGAAGUGAAGAGAGCAGCCCUUGUUAGGCCAACGCUUCACCUCUCCUUUAAGAUUUGCACAAAACUGCGUUCGAAAACUGCAUGUCUGCUUUCGGAACGAGAAAAAAAAAUUAUUCCUUUUUCAUUGAUGUGUGUUAGGUCGUUCACGUACAUUUAUUCUUGUUUAAAAACACAAUAUUAUUACAAAAAAUAUUUAGAACUCAUGGAGCUGCCCUCUCCCUAAGUUUUGCGACUAGUAAGGAAAAACGGUAAUUUGUCAUUAAAAUGGCUUUAGAAAUUUGCAAAGCAUUAUCCAUAAUGAUCAAUACACUUCUACAUUCGCCAACAUAUUUUGUUGGACGUCGCACAUCAAAAUAAUAAAAAAAAAAUUGGAGGGGUUGUAUCCGAGACACGACCGCUUAGGACGUAGGAUUACGCAAUCUUUUUUUUUUUUUUGAAAUUUGUUGGUUUAUCAUUUCGGAUAUUAUUUGCGAAUAUGUCGAAAUUUCAUAAAUAACUCUUUAGUAAAAAGUUCCGAGGACUCUGGUAAGGUUUAAUGGCUUGCGUGGUUUUGUAGAAUCAUUUCGAGAAGCAACGAUAGCUUCAUGCCUUUGCGAGAACAAUACACUAAUUGGCCAUAUGUCGCAAUUUGUUUCUUUAUAUCAAUGCAAGCAUUGCACUGAGUAUUUAACGAAACGGCUCUUCCAUGCAUCGUCAUUCAACAAGCAUCAAACGCGCGUCUAACAGAUGCACACAGUUGCAGCGUUUAAAAUGAAACAUCGCGAGAAUGACCACUUAUGAAAAAUCGUUUCUCGACUCUCGGUCAAAACCGUCAACAAAGCUAGUAGCUUGUUGUAUCAGAACAGAGCCGAUGCACUCGAGAGCAAAUACGAAUGGCAACUAAAAGUAUCGAAGGUGUGCUCUUAACAUGUACAGGAGAUGAACAAGUUCUAAGCUCCGCGCAACGAAAACGAGCAACACACACAAAGCCAACCACUGAUGGCUAGAAGCGACCUAUAAUCAUUUGCACACUUCUCUUUUUUCGCCUGCUUUGCCAUGGCUCGGAUGAUUGUGUUAAUUGCAAUGCCAGAUGCACUUCGAGUGAAAUAUUCGCUAGCGUUCUCAACUCGAGGGGAAACAUAAAACGAGCAGAAUGAGCGACCUUUGUUGUUUCGGGCGCAGAAAGAUUGUGAGAAUUUUACUCAGAGGAGAUGCUAUACGUAUACGCAAGCGACAGCUUACUCACUAUGCAAGGGUGGAGUUUACUUCGCAAAUAUUCUCUUUUCGUUAUCCCUCUUCGUUGUUUCUAUUUUAGCGACUGCAUAAGUUGCCCGUUCUAGACAGCUCUGUUCGGGAAAGCACACAAUUGGACAGAAAUGGAAGAAAUGUUGGGGGAAAUGGGAAUGCUUCCAAUUUUCAUCAGUUUAAACCAUAUACAGACUAUGGGAUUGUAAUGUAUAGCAUAUCAAACAAAUCUUAGAAAAUUUCCGAUUCGAAUUGGUAUGCAAAUCGUGACAAUCCGUUCGCACCAAAAAUAAUUAUUAAUGUUAACCUUAUCUCAUAAAAACGUGACCUGUUUUCAAAUUUGGCACCCUUAAUGUAAGACGUAGUCGUACGUCAAAAACGACUGACAUUAUGCAAACAAUCUGCUUACUGAAUGAAACUUGCCAAAUUAUGGGCGAUAUAGUUGCUUUUCAACCGACACGUCGUGUUGCUAGCGAUGUGUGUUGCUCAACAAAGGCGAUAGCGAUAUCGUAUUGCGUCGUUGUGCGAGAUCAACAAAAAAGUAAUGGAACUGGCGAUAAUAUUGCUUAUUGCAUGUAACUAGUUGCUAGUUGCUUAUUGCUCCGGUGUGCGAGCCGCCUAAGUGUACUGUUGCCACUUGAUUAGUUCUCCGAAAAACAUCGGCGAGCAACUUCUGUUGGGUUAGGUUACGCGAUUGAUGAAGGGGCAAUCUAGGCAGAAAAUAGGCAGAUCUCGUAAUUUCAAGAAAAUCGCGUAGUUUUGAGAGAAUCGCGUAUAAAAUCACAUAAAAUAAUCACUGGAAAAAGAAUCCAGUGUAGUUCGUAUGUAAUUAAUGUAUGUAAUUAACACUCAGGAAUGCUUGAAUCUCAAGGUAUGUCACAUGUCGAACUUACAUUAUCAGGUCACGAACAGCAUCAAUGGUCCCUGGCAUAGCAGUUGAUUGUGGACGAUCUUCACGAGGUUCGUGUAAUGCUUUAUUGCCAAAACUGGAAACGAGUUGAUCGAUACACUCUUAUCUAUAGAGGCCACAUCGAAAGUUGUGAAAAAAAAUCAUCACACGAAAGUAUUCUUGUGUCAAUCUCUUUUUUUUCGCUGAGACCAAAUUUCAAGCAACUGUAAACAAUACUCUCUCUGUACGGCAGAACUUUACGAGUAAAAAAGCAACACUAGUAUAGCCAAGUCGCAAGUUUACGAAGUAGAAUGUGUAGAACGAAACUUACGCUGCUAACAGGUUUCUUGCUGCACAUCCUCAGCUCGAUUGAUCUGUAUUCUAGAAACACUUGUCAUUUAUUCAAUUUAUCACAUGUAGCUAGCAGAUCCCAUUUCGAGUUAUAAUUUCGAGCUAAUUUGAAGUAGUACUCAAAAUGGAAUGAUGAUGACUGUCAACUUAAGAAAGACUGCUGGAUGAGUAAUGCCGUGGACAUAAUAGGAGAGACGUAGGACUACACCAAAUGCCAAAAGUGUCAAUUUAAAUAUAUUGUUUUAUUUUAAUUUGUUAGACUUUUUCGAAUGAUAAUGUUGUUUGUGCAGUCCAUCCUUUAUUCUUUUCAGCGAAUGCGUAUUUCAUUGCACAGAAUGCUUUCACUGCGCGGCGCGAGCAUUCGACACAGCACCAAUAUUCCCAAAUUUACACUCAGGUUUAACACAAUGUGUUAGCUGAUCGCUAUCUAGAGUGUAACUAACUUCGAAUUCCAUUCCAUUCUUUGUUUUUGAGAGGCUUUAAACUUUGCAGUUCAUUCGCCUCUAAAAUACUUCGAAUUGAUAGACCAUCCAAUUUAACCCCCCCCCCUCUCUCUUUCUCACUCUCUCUCUCUCUCAAUGCAACGUGACAUCAAAGAAAUAAACCAUACCACAUAAGCUAACGCCCGAAUUGCAUAGAAGAAUGCUACUCGUUGCAUUGUGAGAGAGUGUGAGCGAGAUAAAUCGGAAAAACCCACCUAUUUUAUUCGUUACAUUACGUUUUACUAUUUCCACUAUAUGUUGGGAAUGUAUAUGAUAUGGGAAUAUCUCCUAUUAAUUUGUAUGUUUGGAAUCAUAAUCCAUCCAUCAAUUGGAAAGGUGUUGACGUUCAAAAUCUUUGUCUUCCCCACCCGAAACAUUGAAAUGGGAAGCUAUAUUGAAAGGUUAGACGUAGUCCUACGUCAAAAAACGUUAUUUAUCAUAUGCCAGUCCAAUAGACGUAUACUCAUCCUAGUUUUCACACUCGUUCAAAUUUAGACUAUUGCAUCACAGCAUCAGGUUGAGUCUCUUGACUUCGAUUCUGACUCGGACACAGGAUCUGACUUUGGAUUCAACUGAUGCUACGAUAAAAAUAUAGUCAACCAAAAAUGCGUGUAAAUUGAUUGGAUUGUUUGUUUAGAGCUUCGAAUUAUUUUUCUUGUUGAAGUUCGAUUAGUAUUAAAUAUUGUUGAUGUCUUCUACAGAUUCCGCUCGACGAUGGCCUAAAAUUUCUCGAUUGAGCGGAGUCCUGGCGUGUUGGGAGUUCUGUCCAUGGAUCGACACCAUUUGCAGGUUGUUGACGACAUACCACUCUUGUUUCGUAAUGGCAGGAUGUCCCAUCCGGCAAAUACAGCACUAAUUCCCUGGUUGACAGUCAAGAGAAUAAUGAAAAUGUCGCUUUUCAAGGCUUAGGUACAGCUAGCCUGCCGAGCCAGAUAUUUCUUAGCGAAUUCCGACAGUUUCACUUGCUUGAAAAUGUCUUCCACCUUUCCCCUUUCGGUUGCCGUUUUAAAAUCCUGCUCAGGAAGUUGUUGAAAAUCUUGACGUAGGUAUCAUUGUACAUCAACACGCCAUCGAACUUAGUCAGCAUCUUGAUUGUUUAUCGUCGCGCGAUUUGGACACACCACAUUCUUAUAAGUCGACAGUCCGGAUAGUUUUUUGGCUCGAUGUACGAUUGUAGACGACACUCCCAGCCUGUUUGCGACAUCUCGAACGGAGUCGAGUGCGAGUAGUUCAGGUUUUCACUAUGCGCAAGCAUGAUGAGUUAAUCCUCUUGCUAGGACGCCAUUUUGACAAUAGUAGAGGCACCAUUCUGCACGCGGAUACCUACGAAAUAUGAGGUGUUCUGAUUUGAUAAAGUUCGAUUAAAAGAAAUGCGCCAAGUCCAAGUAGUUCGAAUUUCGAACGUACACAUUCGAAUUUCUGGCAACAUCGACUUUUGGAGGAGCUCUUCGUGCUGACGCGUGUGAUGCGUUUCACUAGACUGUCCAUGUUUGCAUAGGAGACGUAAUCACCAACACCAUCAGUGUUUGGAAAACGCAUUUUUGUUGUUUUUUUCCUACACGCGUAACCAUGCAAAUUUCCAAUGAAAUAAUCUGUCCAGUUGAAGGAUAUUAUCGGCAAAAAGGGGGUCUUGAAGAUUUUGCGGAUUAAAACAUUUUUUUUCCAUUUGGAAAACGCUUGCGUCUAUUUAUGCGGACAAUCAAUCGUUUCAAUGAACAUUUGUUCGCAUAGCUAGACGUAAUCACCAGGUUGCUCUGUCGGUAGCGUUAGUAUUUUCAUUUCCGAUAAUAGUCAAAACGUCUCCGUCGGUAGUUACAAUUUUUAUCGGAGAAAAUCAAAUAGGUUUGGAAGAAAUUUAGUGAAAUUUCUGGAAAAGGUUUUCUGGAUUUGUUGUGAGUGCAUUUUUCCUGUAAUUUUUUAAUUUGUAAUUUUAGCACCAUGAUUUACCGAUAUCACGAUCAAUUGCAUAGAUAUGGUGGAGUGACUUACACUAACGGUAUGAGUAAAUGCUGAGUGUGUGGAAUAAUUCGAUGUCGAAUUCGAGGAGUUAUGAUGCUAAGAACCAACAUUAUUCUAAUUUUACUACUGAUCUGAUUGUUUCAUUAUCUACUUAAAGAUUCAAAUGCAGAAAUUUAGGUAAUUAUAACAUUAAAAACACAAUUGCUUCUCUUUGUUCAUCACAGUGCAAUGUACAGAAAGUAGUAAUUAUACGAGAAGCGUUCAAUGGUUUCUUAUAUUCAUCUAAGAGGAAUACACUAAGUAAUAAGACACUAUCGUGACAGGCAUGUUUGGACUCUACAAAGAAUGUGAUUCAAUUGUAGAUUUAGCUUAUAGCACAUAAUACUGAUAAUUUAUGGAACUACGUCUGGUAUGUGGACAAACAGUGAUUUUUCGGAAACGUUUUUUUCAAAAUUGCUCGAAUGUUUUCGAACAAAAAAUGUUUGUUUGCAUGUUGAGCAAACGUAUCACAUUGCGUAGAAUGCAUAACGGCGAAAAAGUCUAUUUUGUUCAUUUUGUCGCUUGCGUCUCCUAUGCAAACAUGGGCAGUAGAGGCGGUCCUUGUCGAGGCGUCUGUGGCUGAUUGGCUAUCGGCGCUUGAAACGGCGGAUUUCACCGACGAGAAAAUGAUGGUUGACGCCGUUUUCGCUCAUCUGUCCUAGACUAUGACGCCCCAUGAAAUACUCAUGGUCCGUGUUGUCGGAACCGGAGUGUUGUUCGACGUGUAACUUUGGACAAUAGUAAGGAUGCGCAUCUGUAUCUUGCAUUUGACAACAAUCACCUUUUCGUUUGAAGACUCCCGCUUCAACCGACUCCACGGUGGUAUUGCGUGUUAUCUCUUCGUUUUCCUGAGUAACACCUGUCUCUGAGGAAGUCUAUGUUGAAGUCCAAGAAUUUCGAACUUCAUGCGCAGCCAUUGUCGUUAAUCCAAUCCGUAGUCAAACUUCGGUUCCCAUAAUAACUCGGAGACUCUCAAUCUCAGUGAAGAGCUGCAGAAUGCCAGUCACACACCUCCACAAUGAAUAGACGCUCGGUGUAGUUCAUUUAGAGUUGCCAGCUAUUUAGUACAAGAUUGAUCUUUUUCCAUCCGUCAUUGUGGGGAUUUGUAAUGCUAUUCUUUUAUGGUUCGUUUUACAACUGAUUCCCUUGUUUGGAUCUGACCUGCAUCGAGACCUGCAUCAUAAUAGAUCGUUUUCUAUACGAAUGCAUCUCACUUCACUUUCACGUGUAGAAAUGAAAUCCGUGUAUUGAACACAAAAGUGGAGUGGAAACCAGAACGACCCUGUGUUCAUUUCCAAUGACGUUUUAUCUCAAAAUAAAAGUGAAAAAAAAACACAAUAAAUCGCUCUGUUUACCCUGACAAGAGAGUGUGGUGGAAACCAGAAUAACUGCGAUGGAUGAACUCAGUGUAUUCAUAAUGAAUUCUACCAACUGUUUGCAGUUGCGUGUGAACCGGAAUGAGGUGGUCCUCAAUUCACUUUGCUUUCACCUGUAGUGUAUUUGGAAAUAAGGCCCAAGAUGUUUUGAUCGACCCGUCACUGCUAGAUUACAGGGAAACCACUGUUUCAACUUCGAAUUGAACAAAAACUGACCGAAGUUCGAUAGCUUUGAGAAUAAAAACAAAUACCUGUCAACCAUGAAAUAGCUUUAAUGCUAAUGUUUCGCAAAAUGACCGGUAUAAGUAAUGUGCCGCUAUAUGGAAUAGUAAAAAAAUAGCAUUUUAGUUUGAGAAAUUACAAAAAAAAUGUUGAAAACAUUGUGGUGUUAUUUCUGUUUCGCUGAGUACGCCUGUAAGAUUUGAGCAAACUCAGAGAAAUUUUUUCGUCAAAUAAAUUUCCUCCGACUUGCACUGUGAUCACGCGUAUUCUAGAGCUUGCCACUCAGAAUGCAUUCAAGGCGUGUUAUUUGGCAUAGAAAUCUCAACUAAGUACUAAUAAAAAUGACGCAAGUAAUACUACGUUGAGACGGCGAAGUUCCUCUAGGAACGUUAGUGCCAUUGAAGAAGAAGAAGAAUGUCUGAUUGAGGGUUGUUCAUUCUGCCUGAAAAACCAUUAUUAUCUUUGACGCUUCACUAACUCAUAAAACGUAGUUCAAUUGCGUGCCGUUCAUUUCGUUUUCACCGUGAAGUGAAAACGGGAAUAAAACCGAUUUUUUUUCGUGGAGUUGUCAUAUGAUCAUAAAAACAAUUUUCUUGAAAAUGACGCGGAGUUACUGGUCCCUCCGUGGUAGAAAACCUGAGGAUCGUAAACUCACCUGAAAAUUCUGAUUAAAAUAAGGGAAAGAUAGAAGAUUUUCUUCUCGAAUCAUUACGAGUCAAUUCGAAUGUUUCUAUAAAACUAUCGAAUGUUUCUACAGAGAGGGCGAUAAUUGAAUCAUCAACAAGAUCUACAUUUGAAGUGACGUCUAUUGGUUAUAGCGACGAAGUCAGAAACUAUUUUGAUAGCUUGUGGGUCAUCUUAUCGGACAGAUAUGUUCUAAAACCGUAAAACAAAUUAUACCUCGUUUUACUUGCGGUAAAAACAUGGAAUAACCACUCAAAGCAUUCCAAGUAUAGGUACAUGAUUGACUUAAAUAGGUGGAAAAAGUUGAACGGAUAACAAAAAAUGCAAAAACUUCAACAAAACUUGGUCUCGAAAAUAAAAAAAAAACUACUCAACAUCCGUCCGUUUGAGCACGAACAACCAUGUCAAUUUGAACCGAACCAAGAAUGGGAAAAUUUAUCGUCACCAUUGUGCGAACCAUCACCACAUUCAUGCUCGAGCUAACGCCAUUACUAAUCCUACCAUCUCGAGCCCACCAUCUGCAACCCAAACGCCCAAAAACAAAUAAGCGUGGUAUAACAACACGGCCAGGAAAGAAACGUAGAACAUAAACUGGAACAGGUUUAACAACAGAACAAUCGCAAUCGCUUCAUCAACAACAAAAUAAACAAAAUAAAAAGCAACAAUGCUUUGAGUCAGCUUUGAUUUAAACAAAAAUUAUUUUAUUCCUACCAUUUGCACACGCCGUGUCCUGUAUUCGUGCGGUUAUGCGCGUGUGUAUGUGUCUUGCUAUCCUUUUGCAGGGAAGGAAGCGAUAGCGAUAGCGAUGGGGAGGUCCAAAGUCUCCGGAUCAGCUGGCGGGAACGCUAUCUGCGCAAGCGACGCAAUAAGAAGAGGAAGAAGUAAACCCUAACUAUCCCCAAUUUAUUUAAAAAAAAAAGAGAGAGGAACCAUCACCACUAAACUCCGGCAAGUAAAUAGACUAUAAAGCCUCAUCUUCUCCAAUUUGCAAGUGGAUGAGAUGACAUCAAGUAAUUCAGGUAAACGGGCAUCUAUUCCAUUCAUUUUUAGUGAGAGUAUGUAUAAUACCCAUCAAUCACCAUCGAAUGAUUUAAUUGAUUCCGAGAAUCGUUCUCUUUUCAUCUAUCUUACGCAUUGUGGUCGAUUCUCACUUAACGAAAUAUAGAAUACUUUCUUUUGACGCAACGUUGCCACGAGAAUCGAUCUUCAUUCGUAGAUUACAGCUGUAUAGUUUCAAUCCGCACAGAAUGUGCCUAUUAUGAAAGAUGGCCCUCUCUAUAUCUCCCGAGUAUCGGUGACGAACCUUUAAAAUCCUCAAAAUGACAAAGUGAAAAUUGUACUAUGAAACGGUGACAUCUUAUUCUAACAUCUUGGCAGCGAUAUCGAUUAGUUUUAUAAUCAAACAUUUUCCGAUAAACAGCCGAAACCCUUAGCAGGAGAAAAACCGGUAAACAAGUAUGAAGCUGAUAUAAAAAUGUAUUUUUAACGAGCAAACCAUAGUAAACCAAAUAGAUCUGUUUCGGACAGAGAAUCGUACAUACAUAUGUCUAGCAAGUAAGAACUUUUUCUAUGAAACAACCAUUUUUUCUACCGCAAACAUGUCAACAACAACAACAACAGAAAAGUAUCCUCUGGUAAUGUAACUCACACAAACAACCCAUAUUGUUAGUUAAAAUAGGGUUAGAAGUGAUCUAUCAGAACACAAGCAAAUAUCUCACGCAAACACCGAAACCACAUUGAUGUCAAAUAAGAAAAAAAAACUGUCAACCCGAAUGUAAAUGACGGAAAUACUCCAACAGGAUUUGAGAAAAAAAUACACCAAUUUACCAACUUAUGUAACCCUCAACAAAGUCGUUUAAAAACCCAUUAUUGAUAAUGCACAAAAAACGCAUAUCUAGUUAUUUAAUUCGUAACCCUAAUCUAGUCCAAUUUGUGCUAACGAACCACAGAAGAUUAAGCCCAAUCCAAAGGGCUCACUGGGGAUGAAAGUGAGAGCCUAUAAUCAAAGGAAGCCAUGCUCUCCACUCUUCGGUCAAAAUAAAAAACAAUGUGAACAAAUAACUGUCAAUACCCCCUCUUCCCCUUCAUUAUUUAUGCUUCUUUGAACCGAUUACACACCAAUUGAAAAAUAGAGUGAGUGCAGCAGCGGAUCAGAACAUGUUAAGUUUUAAACUAGUUUAUGCUAAGUUACACCUCUUAAGGCAAACUGUUCACAAAAUACAUUCAAAUUAUUUAUUACAAAA